AUGGCUCUGCCUCAAAACCUUAUCCCACCACGACUACUUCUUCUACAGCUAACAAUACUAGUUUUAGGCACAAAAACCAUAACAUCUCAGCCCAAUAAUACUAUUAACAAUGGUUCCAGCUGCCUAGACCGGUGCGGCUCAGUUAGUAUUCUGUACCCUUUUGGGACCGCUCCUGGCUGCUACUACGACGAGUCGUUUCUUGUCACUUGCAACUACACGACGACUACAAUCAAUGCUACUACUAACUCUUCUCCAAAGUUGUUUUUACCGACGAGCAACGUUUCAAUUCUUGACAUAUCAUUAAUUGAUGGAGAAUUGAGAGUGGAAGGCCCCAUAGCCCGAAACUGUUAUAAUAAGCUCGGCAAUCUCACUAGUACUAGUAGUAGCGACUACGACACCGUUUCGAUGUUAACCAACUCCAAGUUUCCAAUAUCUUCCAGACGAAACAUGCUGGCCGCUGUUGGCUGCGACACCUUAGUGCUUAUAAGAGGUAUGAAGGGGCGGAACUACUCGGCGGGAUGCAUAGCCAUGUGUGAGCAGCUAAGCGACAUCGCAAACGGUUCUUGCUCCGGAGUCGGGUGUUGCUCGAUGAGCGUGCCCGAAGAUGUGAUCGAUUUUUUCUUGUCAGUCGAAAGCUUUACCAACCAUUCAGAAGUGUACGACUUCAACCCUUGUGACUAUUCUUUUGUGGUGGAGGAGCAAGCAUACAACUUCUCUUCGAUUGAUUUAAAAGAUUUUCAGAAGAGAGAUACGGUUCCAUUGAUUCUAGAUUGGGCUGUUGGGAAUUGGAGCUGUGAACAAGCUCAACAAAAUGAUGACUAUAGAGCUAGAGCAGCAUAUGCAUGUCAGUCUAGUUAUAGCUUUUGCUUGAACUCAACAAAUGGACAUGGAUAUCGCUGCAAAUGCUUAGAUGGUUAUCAAGGCAAUCCUUACCUUAUUGAUGGCUGCCAAGAUAUUAAUGAGUGCGAUGGACCAAACAACCCGUGUGUGGAAAGCUGCACAAAUUUGCCGGGCAGUUUUAGUUGCUCAUGUCCGAAGGGAUCUAAGGGGGACGGGACCAAAGAGGGAACGGGGUGUACCUCUACUGGGAGGGCUGUGCUCAAAAUUUCUAUUGCCUUGGGUAUUUCCAUAAGCUUGUUGUUGUUGGUUAUGGCUGGUUCUUGGACGUAUUGGGCAUUAAAUAAAAGAAAGCUCAUAAAACUCAGAGAAAAGUUCUUCCAAGAAAAUGGAGGGAUGCUCUUUCAACAACAACUUGUCCAUCAAAGAGGUUCUUCAGAAACAACCAAAAUUUUCACUGCUGAACAACUCAAAAAAGCCACCAAUAACUAUGAUCAGAGUAGAGUGCUUGGGCAGGGAGGCUAUGGAACAGUUUAUAAGGGAGUGUUGUCUGAUAAUAAGGUGGUUGCCAUAAAGAAGUCCAAAAUUGGUAACCAAAGUCAAAUUGAGCAAUUCAUAAAUGAAGUGAUUGUGCUUUCUCAAAUAAAUCACCGAAAUGUGGUAAACUUAUUAGGUUGUUGCUUAGAAACUGAAGUUCCUAUGUUAGUUUAUGAGUUCAUUACAAACGGUACUCUUUCUGCUCACAUUCAUGAUGAACACAAACAUUCUUUACUUUCAUGGGAGAUGCGUCUAAAAAUAGCAACGGAAACUGCUGGAGCCAUUGCAUACUUGCACUCCUCAACUUCAAUGCCAAUCAUACAUAGAGAUAUUAAAACUGCAAAUAUACUAUUGGAUGAAAAUUAUACCACCAAAGUUGCAGACUUUGGAGCUUCGAGGUUGGUUCCUCUUGACCAAACCCAACUCACUACUUUAGUGCAAGGAACAUUGGGUUAUUUGGAUCCAGAAUAUUUCCAAACCAGUCAGUUGACGGAAAAAAGUGAUGUUUAUAGUUUUGGAGUAGUCUUGACGGAACUAUUGACUGGCCAACAAGCAAUUUGUUUUAACAGAGAACAAACUGAUAGAAAUCUGGCCAUGUACUUCAUCUCAUCGAUGAAAGAAGGUAAAUUACUUCAAAUUCUUGAUGAACGAUUGGUCAAUGAUGGAAACAUUGAACAAUUAAAUGAAGUUGCAAAUGUAGCCAAAAGUUGCUUAAGAAUGAAUGGAGAGGAGAGGCCUACAAUGAAGGAAGUUGCAAUCAAGCUAGAGGGAUUGAUCAAACAAACCAGCGGAAUGCAUCAAUGGGGGCAGGAUCAUUACGAUCCUUUAACCAUCAGUUCAGAACAUAUCAAAUACCUGCUCAAUCCUUCUAAUUUGGGAGAGCAUAACAAUGGCGCUACUUCAACCAUGACAACAUCAGAGUUUGAUAGCACGAUUGUCCAGAUGGUAACGCAGCCAAGUGGGCGAUAA